AGAUUUGGCAGUUUGCAAAUAGGUGUAACCAACCCAUGAUGAGAAGAGCUUACAAGGGCCCAUUUGGCACAUAUCAGCAAGUAAACAUUAGGGAACAUUGUUUGAAUUCAAACACAGACUUAUUUCUGUUGUGAGGAAGUGAAACUUCAGUUGCUGUCAGUGAGGAGAAAUGGCGCAGCGAGGAUAUCUCCUGGACCAUGAGAAAUUCUGCUGUUCCAUCUGUCUGGAUGUACUGAAGGAUCCGGUGACUAUUCCCUGUGGACACAGCUACUGCAUGAACUGUAUUAAAACCCACUGGGAUGAAGAGGAGGAGAAGAAAAUCCACAGCUGUCCUCAGUGUAGGCAGACCUUCACACCGAGGCCUGUCCUGCUGAAAAACACCAUGUUAGCAGAUUUAGUGGAGGAACUGAAGAAGACUGGACUCCAAGCUGCUCCUGCUGAUCACUGCUAUGCUGGACCUGAAGAUGUGGCCUGUGAUGUCUGCACUGGGAGAAAACUGAAAGCCCUCAAGUCCUGUCUGGUCUGUCUGGUCUCUUACUGUGAGAAACACCUGCAGCCUCACUUUGAAUCUCCUGCCUUUGAGAAACACAAGCUGGUGGAGCCCCUCAAGAAGCUCCAGGAGAACAUCUGCUCUCGUCAUGAUGAGGUGAUGAAGAUGUUCUCAGCUGCAGCAGAAAGGACUGAGAGGCAGAGAGAGCUCGAGGUGAGUCGACAAAACAUCCAGCAGAGAAUCCAGGACAGAGAGAAAGAUGUGACGGUGCUUCAGCAGGAGGUGGAGGCUAUCAAUCGCUCUGCUGAUGAAGCAGUGGAGGACAGUGAGAAGAUCUUCACCGAGCUGAUCCGUCUCAUGGAGAAAAGACGCUCUGAUGUGAAGCAGCAGGUCAGAUCCCAGCAGGAAACUGAAGUGAGUCGAGUCAAAGAGCUUCAGGAGAAGCUGGAGCAGGAGAUCACUGAGCUGAAGAGGAAAGACGCUGAGCUGAAGCAGCUCUCACACACAGAGGAUCACAACCAGUUUCUACACAACUGCCCCUCAGUGUCAGCACUCAGUGAAUCUACAGACUCAUCCAGCAUCAAGAAACGUCCUCUGCGCUACUUUGAGGAUGUGACAGCGUCUGUGUCAGAAGUCAGAGACCGACUACAGGACGCUCUGAGUGAGAAAUGGACAGACAUCUCACUGACAGGGAGAAAAGUGGAUGUUUUACUGCCACAGCAACUGAGGACCAGAGAGGAAUUCUUACAGUAUGCAUGUCAAAUCACACUGGAUAUACACAGCAACACAGCACACCCCUGGAUGAUGUUAUCUAAGGGGAACCGUAAAGUAACACAUAUGAGAAAUGACUAUUUCUCACAUUAUGAUUCCUCAACUAAAUUCAUUCACAAUGCUCAGGUCCUGAGUAGAGAGAGUCUGACUGGACGUUGUUACUGGGAGGUGGAGUGGGAUGCACUUGUCACAAUAGCUGUUGCAUACAAGGAUAUAAGCAGAUCAGGGAGUUAUAAAGAAUGUGCAUUUGGACACAAUGCAAAGUCUUGGGCAUUAUAUUGUCUUGCUAAAUAUGAAUUUAGACAUAACGAUAUCAAUACCCCAAUCUCAGGUAAGCGGUCCCACAAAGUAGGAGUGUUCCUGGAUCACAAGGCAGGUACUCUGUCCUUUUACAACGUGGAUGAAACCAUGACUCUCCUCCACAGAAUUCAGACCACAUUCACUCAGCCUCUCUAUGCUGGACUUGGUCUUCAUUUUUCUGGAGGAGACAAUGCCGAGUUGUGCGAGCUGAAGUAGACAGGACUUUGUCAGUGGCAGUGGGUUCGAUUCUGUGUUUUGAUUUUGAAUUUUGUUGUUUGCUUCAUGUUCCUGUGUUGCAUUUCUAUCAAGUUGUGUUGUCGCCAUUGUACUUUCCCAUGAUGGCAAUUACUGUCAUAAAUGUAAUGGAAUACUGAAGAUAAAUGUAUGUAGUUUUAAUCACUAGUGCAGUUAGUCUGAAAUACAGAUAACAGAAACAUAUUUUUUCAUUGUAAUCUGUGGUGUGAUCUCAUAGCUCUUGUGUUUUCUAAUGCCGUUAUAUUGCUGCACAAUUUGUUGCUGUAAAUUUUGCU